AUGGCAAAUGAUCAAAAGUUGGAAAAUUUGGCUAAAGCAUUGCUUUCAAAAUCUGCAGAAAAUCCUUGGUUGAUUCCUUCGAUAGUAAAUCCUGCUCUUCAAAAAGAAGUUAUACUUUACAUGCUAAAAAACUGGAGUUUGCAUAAUUCUAAAGAAAAAUUGGCAAUAUUCUUUCUAAUUUUAUGUGUAAAAAAAAGUACCGUGACAGCAUUACAGGAAUUGCUAUCAGAAAUACUUUUGGCAGGUGCUUCUGAUUUGGACGAUUGUUGGGUUUGUGUUUUCUCAAAGAUGAUGAUUAAUUAUCCUAAAACUGGUGAACUUGAUUUGACUGUUGAGAAUUAUCUUCCUAGAGAAAUACAACAACAAUUUAAUGAAUUGAUUAAUAAAAGUAGACAUUGUUAA